UCUUUCAUCACUAGGGGUCCUAAACUUGCUUGUCGUGUUGUGCGUUUUUCUUCAGACAUCCAAACCGAAGCCCUCUGAGGAAUUUUUGGCGAUCGAGAUGCCAAACAUCAAGCUCCAGAGUUCCGACGGGGAAAUAUUUGAAGUUGACGUUGAUAUCGCCAAGGCGUCGGUCACAAUAAAGACUAUGUUGGAAGACUUGGGCAUGGAUGAGGAUGAGGAAGAGGUGGUGCCCCUCCCAAACGUCAACUCCGCAGUGUUGAAAAAAGUGAUCCAAUGGGCCACUUAUCACAAGGAUGACCCUCUUCCACCUGAAGAUGAUGAAAACAAGGAGAAACGGACGGAUGACAUCUCAUCUUGGGAUGCAGAUUUUCUCAAGGUGGAUCAGGGUACUCUCUUUGAGCUUAUACUGGCAGCAAAUUAUUUGGACAUCAAAGGCCUUCUUGAUGUUACCUGCAAGACAGUUGCCAACAUGAUCAAAGGAAAGACACCCGAAGAAAUCCGCAAGCAGUUCAACAUCAAGAACGAUUUCACACCCAGCGAGGAGGAACAGGUACGCAAAGAGAAUGAGUGGUGUGAAGAAAAAUGAAGCCUUUCUCUCCUUCUUGCACAAGUUCUUUUGUAAUUGGGCCUUGUCUUUUAAAAUGCUUACCUGCGUAGCCCACGUCACCUAGCUCUCUUUAGUGUGUCUAGCUCGUAGCACUUGUAGUCUAACAGUCAGGAAAAAAAAUUAUUUGUGCACGGAAAAUCGUUCAUGAUUUCUUGACGAGGUUGGAGGGCCUCCACUGGGAAUUAGGGAACAAGACCCACGGGGGGUUAAAGGGAUGGCUCACUGUAUUGAAAGUUAGGUGAUGAACACGUUGGGUGGACGUCGAAUUUGGAGAAAUAAAGUGUACAUGGUUGUUGUGAUA